AUGGUCGGCCCCAAACAACCCGUCUACGUCCUCGGCGUCGGCAUGACCAAAUUCAUCAAACCCCGCGGCAAAGUAGACUACCCCGAACUCGGCUUCGAAGCGGGCGUCAAAGCCAUGCUAGACGCCCACAUCAACUACGACGACGUCGACCAAGGCAUAGCAUGCUACUGCUACGGCGACUCGACCUGCGGCCAGCGCGUCUUCUACCAGUUCGGCAUGACUGGCAUCCCCGUGUACAACGUCAAUAAUAAUUGCUCCACGGGCUCGACGGGGCUGUACAUGGGCAGGAAUAUGAUUGCGCAUGGGGCUGCCGACUGCGUGCUUGUUGUUGGCUUUGAGAAGAUGUUUCCUGGGUCUUUGCAGACGUUUUUUCAGGACCGCACGAAUCCGACCAGUACGACGAAUCUCAUUAUGAAGGAGACGCGCGGGAUUACGAAUGCGCCGGGGGCGGCGCAACUGUUUGGGAAUGCGGGGCGGGAACAUAUGGAGAAAUACGGCUCCACCCCCGCCGACUUCGCAGAAAUCGGGCGCAUAAACCACGCCCACUCAAAGCACAACCCGUACUCACAAUUCCGCGACGAAUACACACUCUCCCAAAUCCAAUCCUCGCCCAUGAUCCACGCCCCCUUGACAAAACUGCAAUGCUGCCCGACCUCCGACGGCGCCGCAGCCGCAGUCCUAGUCUCGCAAUCCUUCCUCGACGCGCGCCCGGACUUAAAAGACCAAGCCAUCCUAAUCGCCGGCCAGCGCCUCGCAACAGACACCCCCGCGCUCUUCAACCGCAGCGCCAUCGAGCUCGUCGGGUACAGCAUGAGCGCGCUCGCGGCCCGCGACGCACUGGCAGAAGCACACGUAACACCCGCCGACAUCUCCGUCUGCGAACUCCACGACUGUUUCUCCGCCAACGAAAUGGUGACUAUCGAAGCGCUGGGCCUGGCGCCAGAGGGAAAAGCCCACGAGCUCAUCCGCGCAGGCGGCAUUACAUACGGCGCGGACAGCAAACUGGUCGUCAACCCCUCCGGCGGCCUCAUCUCAAAGGGCCACCCGCUCGGCGCGACGGGGCUGGCGCAGUGCGCGGAGCUGGUGUGGCAUCUGCGCGGGUGGGCGAAUAAUCGCAGUGUGGCUGGGACGCGGGUUGCGCUGCAGCAUAACCUUGGGUUGGGGGGCGCGGUGGUGUGCACGGUGUAUAAGCGGGGGGAUGGGGGGGAGGCGGUCGAUGUGUCGGAUGAGGUGGUCGCGCAGAGGACGGGGUUGGGGUAUAAUCCUGCGACGCGGGCGAGGGGGUUUACGGGUGAGCAGGUGGAUGGCGUGAGGAGUCGGAGGGCGAGGAGUGAGUGGGCGUUGCAGGAUGUUGGGGAGAAGGUUGAGAGUAGGUUUUAG